AUGAAGCUCUUGUUAAAAAUUGCAUAUGAUGGCAGGAAGUACCAUGGACUGAUCGACCAGCCCGAACAAAACACCGUAUAUUCACAGAUCAGGUCUGCUAUGCAUCGCCUGAAACUGCCACACAGUAUCAAAAUAGAAUGUAGCGGUCGCACGGAUAAAGGUGUAUCGGCUGCCAACAUGGUCUUAUCACUUCCAAUCGACAAGCUUGGCAGCUAUGAUGUAAUGUUCAACAAUGUUUUACCCGAUGACAUUAAGGUAAAGGAGUAUGCCAUCAUAAACAGCGAUUUUUCAGCGCGUUUUGAUUGCACGCGCAGAGUUUACCGGUAUUUUUUUCAUUGCGAGAAUGUGGACGAAUAUGAAAGAGCCGGAAAAGCUUUGAAGGAGGGAUUGAACAGUGGUAAAUUUCACAUCAGGGAUUUUUGUACCAAAUCAGUUGAGAGGAAUUUUAUAAAGAAAAUGAAGAAACAAAGCUUGAGCAGGAUGAAUGAUGGCGAUGUGGUGAGUAACACAAGGUGCAAGGAAUGGAUAGAAGGCUCGAAACGUUUAAAAUGUGAUAAAAUGGAUCUCAUGCAUACCAAGGAAUUACCUGAUGGUCGAGUUUCGACCACAAUAACCGAACACUACGCUGAAAGUGUGAGCAAUAUGUGCUCAUCGGUUGAUGAUCAGCCUGCUACGCAGUUUGAUCAGAGCUUUUAUGACAGAAACAUUGAUUACCUGAAAUUUGAAAAAUUGAACGAAAUCUAUUACAUGGAAAUAGCCAGCAAAUCGUUUUUGCACAACCAAAUAAGACGCAUGUUCUAUUUCAUAAAGAAGAACGUAGGAAAGAAGGAGGUUAUUUUUUACGAAGGAUUGGCAGAACCGGAGUAUUUGGUGUUUUAUCAAGCGCACUACGAUAAGGAAAUUGAAUGGAAGAAAAGCCGGAAAGACAACUUAAUUUUGUAUGAAAUAGAGAAGGAAAAGCAUAAGAUGAUGUUUUUUGAGUGACAGUGUGUAUGAAUUGAAUAUUUUUGAAAAUCUAACCAGUGCAAGAAUUGAAGCUAGCAUGAGAUUGCUUAAUUAGUUAUAUUAUUUUUUAAUGACAUCUUACCUCCUGUGGUACAGCCAUAUUUCAACUUCUAAUAAAACUCGAGCAAUCCUACGGGAGAGCUGUAUAGGCCUUCAUUGAAGAGAUUUCGUAACCGAUGCAAAGCAUAGGAAGGAUAUGGUACCAAAUUGCAAUAUAAAGGAUGCGUGAAUGUCACGUUAUACUUCAUAAAUUCUAACAAUGCAACAUACCCUAACAGGAAUAUCUGAUUUUUCUUGCCACUAGGUAUACAAACCAUCUGAACUACGAAUAGAUGAUUGUGUCAACAAAGAAAUAGGACCUGGAAUUGUUGUUGUUACGAUACCUUAAACACUCCAUCGUUUCAACAGAGAUCACCUCGAUCAUUUUAUGUCAUUAAGUAAAGUUUGGAUACGUUGAGCCAUAAUGAAUCCAGCGAUUCAUGGGUACUUACAUAAAUUAAGAUAUUUUGAUAUCGACAAUUCUAUAAAACUGUUUAUCGCAGACUAACACUCAUAAAAAAUGCUUUUAGACCACGAUAGAUCGAUGUUAUCAAAACAUUGCCUCUAUCCAAUCAUAGACUGACACUCGAGCUAAAAAUUGGAUCAUAGUAUCAAUACCAGAUAUCGUAUUCCUUGUAAUAAUGAUGUUUAGAUGCUAAAAAGCAGGUUAUUAAAUGAAUUACAUCACCAAAAAGCAAAUUAAAUUACGGUAUUAGGUAGAAAACUACAGAAUCGAUGAUUCCAUUCAUGUUUUAUCCACAAAGUUAACCAAAUUUAAUGUUUAGAACUAUGUGGAGUAUUAAAGACGAUUUUCAGAAAAAGAUAG